CAUUUACCUAACUACGAUGCCAAGAGUGAGCAGAAUUAUGUGGAUAAGCUGCAUACUGUGGAUGUAUAUCUAUGGACGGAGAAGGAUGCCCGCACUUUCCUUGGACAUGUAAAGAGCGCAGUGCCGGCAGAGAGGUUAGAGAUCAAAGGAGCACCAGGAGUUGGUACUCCACACUCUGAACAUAGAGACUCGAUGAGCCCGGUCGUGCAGCAGCUUGAAAAUACUGCCAUAGGAACGAGCUUUCCUCCUCGGACCAUGAGUGCAGUAUCUGCACAAUCGUUUCCCGGACCACCUACUCCCCAAUCUGAGGCUGCUUCACCCAGGCCUGUGGCGGCCUAUAAUCCUGCCGCACCUUCUGCACCAGAACCAGUACAGUAUCGCGAGAAGACGCCUCCACCGCCCGAUGGCGGUACUGGCACUGGCUUGAAAGCAACACAGUCAUACGGCAAUGCACCACAGCAGAUACAGUAUGCUUCAGCUGCUGGAGUCUACCAGAACUCAGUUCAGACCACUCCACAGCAGGCAUACUUUUCUGGACCUCCGCAGCAGGCAGUACCGGGCCCUCCUCAAGGACUUCAAUCACAGCAGCGAUACCACUCUGGCAGCAUACCUCCACCUCCAGCUCAAUCACCGCCUGCUGGAACAUCGACACCUUCCUUUGGACCGAUGGCAGCCAGCACAAUUGGCCCGAAAUCUCCCCCACCGAAUCAGUCGUCUUUCAAUCGACAAUCGUCCUAUGGACCUGGUCCAACCCAAUUCGCAAGCUACAAUCCUCAAUCACAGUAUGAAAAUCAUCAGUCCCAGCAAGGCCAGCUUCCUCCUACGCCUUCGGCGCCCCCGGCCUAUGCAGGUCACACUCCAUUGAACUCACCUGGCAUGCCACCGCCGCCUCCAGCUCAGCCAUACCAGCCGCAGCAGCACGCCCCUGUGGGAGGCUAUAGCAAUUACUCGUAUACCACUGCUGGUGCGGUGAACUCAAAUGAGAUGAACCAGCAUGGUGCAUACACUGGCGAUAUUCACAAUCAAGUCUAUCGUCCCACAGAAUCUGAGCACGGUUCUCAUGGCAAAUUGAAGAGGGCCCAGACUUGUCAGGAUGGCAUGCAGAAACCAAGCCCGCUGCAGAACAGUGUCGGCAAGGCAGAAAAGAAAGUAGGCAAAUUUUUGAGUAAACUCGACAAGUUGUACUAGUUUGUAGAGAAAUACAACAUCUUUUGGUAUU